AUGCAGUGUGAUUGCUGCUACGCGUGCUACGCGGAGAUCGCCGACGUCGUUGCCACCACAAGGGGCCUCUACCGUCACCAGAGCAAAGGCGCUGGCCCCGGGCUGCUGCAUCGUAUCUGGCGCGCCCUUGGCGAUCUGCUGGAGGAACAGCUCAUCGAAAAGCGUUCCUGCAUUGUCCCCGAUUUCUUUCAUGCCAGCGUGAAGAAGCAGAAGGUGGAGUACUAUGAUGGCACACAUACAUUCCACAAACCGCAAUUUAUUCUGCUACCGGACUUCCUCUCCAAGUACCACCUGCAGAAUGUUCUCACAACACGCGAUGCGCACUACCACGCCACUGUUCCGAAUAUCAUCAGCUACGCCACAAUUGCGGCGCUUGCUGGCACCGAUAGAUUUGUUGUCGAGGCUGCUGUGUGCGACUCUAUCCGCGAGAUUGGCAAGUAUAUUGACCGCAAUCCCCUCACGGUGCUUAACAUCGAUAUCGGCGUUGCCAACUUGGAGUUCCGAGGCCGCGAGUACCGCGUUAAGUGGUCCGAGGACUUCUUGGAACGCUUCAGGGCGGCAGUUGGCCCGCAGUCGUUCGUGUCACCAUACGACCCGCCGACGAUGUCAUCCCGCGCGACAGGCUGCCGGUUCCAGACAAACUGCCUGUCAAAGGACGGCCUGCAGGCGUCGCUCUCCGACACGGUGGAGCGGGAGAAGCGGAUGGCAGUGGUGGAGAUGAACGACUCGAAGGGCGGAUCAGGGUUUCGCAAGUCGUUUUGGUGA